GCAAUGCAGGUGGUGAGGAGCAGAAGCAGUCUGAGAAAACAGCUGUACCAAAUCCUUGUUUUUUAUUUAUUUAAUUGUUAUUGUAAGUGAAAUUUUAAGAAAAGUGUUAAUUAUUUUAGAACUAAUAUGUCACAGUGUGUGGAGAAACCUUUGUGUUUUGCUUUGAAGCUUUUUGCUCUUGCGUCAGUUUCACUGCUUUACAGUCGAACAGUCGAAUGUGCAGAAACCAAAUUAACAUUGAAACUCAACACAACCCGAAACCUGAACAUCACUCAGAACUUCACACACAAUGAACCCUGGGUUCUCCCCGUUCACAGGCUGUGCUCAGGACAAAAUGAGAGUUACUGCAUUAAUGGUGUCUGUUCAUUUCAUGAAAACAUCAACACGCUCUCCUGCACGUGUCACUCGGGGUUUAUGGGUAAACGUUGUGAACUUAGGGACCUGACUUCAGGUGUGAGUACAUACUACAAUCUGGAGGAAGUGAUCGCUCUCAGCUGCGGAGUGAUUUUACUGCUCGCCUGCGUGUGUGUGCUCGGCUGCUGCUGCUGCUACAGGAAGUGCAGCAGUAAACCAGCUCCUCCAUAUAAACACCAGGAAAGCAGUGUGUGAAUGAGACCCAGGGCGACACGGAGAGCUGAGAACUGAAACACAGCCGGUUGGUCGCACGGCUCCCCCUGAUGGACACUUACAGAACUGCACAAGUUCCACACACCGAGUGCACUACUGAGAAGUGCCCUUAUUCCAUACAGUUACACUAGUUACACUUAUACCAUACAGUUAGCUACAAAACUGUAAUUAGGGAAACUAGAAACACAAGUCAGGAUGUGGUGUAGUGUGAUACAUUAUUAUUAUUAUUAUUAUUAUUAUUAUUAUUAUUAUUAUUAUUAAGAGUAAUGUGGCUGUAAUUAAACAGUUGUGUAAUUAUGUCAAAAAUAACAAUUUUUUCCCUCAACCCUUCUGUAUUUAUUUAUUAUUGAAAUCUAAAAUUAGUAUAUUUCUGAUAUUUAUUUAUAGUGUUUGUCAAUAAAAAUCCCUUUCAGAGA